AUGUUGCCGCCGGUUCCCAAGUUGUCUGAGUACGGGAUCGAUGCCGAGCAUGGCUUCCUCCCCUCUGAACCACCCCUGACACGGCUUCCCGGCUACUAUUCAGAAUGGGAGCACGUUAUUGAGAACCUGCAGUCGCUCGUGUUGAGUGGCAGACUCUGGGACACGAUAAAACGAAUGCCCACUCUCUCCACAGACCAUCUCCACACGGCUGCCGAAUGGCGACGCGCUUAUGUUGUCCUCGUUAUGAUGCUGCAUGCAUAUAUAUGGUCCGGCGAUAAACCUCAAGAGAGAAUUCCUCCGCCCCUUACAGUCCCUCUGUUGAAAGUGUCGGAUUAUUUGGAGCUGCCUCCCGUCGCCACCUAUGCCGGCGUCUGCCUCUGGAACUAUCGCACAAUCUUCCCCGAUGAACCCGCCGACAAGCUUGAGAACCUUUCUACCCUCUGUACCCUGACGGGCUCUAUGGAUGAAGAAUGGUUCUACUUGAUAUCCGUUGCCAUCGAGAUGCGUGGCGCAAGUACGCUCCCGCUUAUGCUUGAUGCCAUCUCAGCAGCCCGUGAAGGUGACAGCAAACGGGUCAUGGACUCUCUCAAGGAGUUUGCGGAAGCCGUCGAUGACAUCAAUGUCAUAUUGCAGCGCAUGUACCGACACUGCGACCCGCACGUUUUCUACCACCGCAUUCGACCGUUACUGGCAGGAAGUAUGAACAUGGAAGAGGCAGGCCUCCCCAGGGGCGUGCUCCUUGACGAAGGUGGAGGCAAGGCGGAGUGGAGGAAGUAUCGCGGCGGUAGCAAUGCGCAGAGCUCUCUCAUCCAAUUCUUCGAUAUUGUGCUGGGAGUCGAGCAUCGCCCGACGGGCGAACCGAAGAGCACACAGCCACCCGCCGAGGACGGCGCAACGACUCGUCGCCGAUGGCACGGCUUCAUGAUGGAGAUGCGGGACUACAUGCCGGGUCCGCACCGGCGAUUCCUCGAACACACCGCCAGUGUCGCAAAUAUCCGCGAGUACGUCGAGGAGCACCAGUCCGACCAGGAACUGACCAUGGCAUUCAACGCGGCCGUUGCGAUGGUCAAGGCGCUUCGCUCAACCCACAUCACCAUGGUGUCCCGGUACAUCAUCGUCAAGUCGCGAGAACGAACUGCCGGAACGCGACCUCUCGCGGCUGGCGCGCCCGCGCUCAAUCUCGCCACCGCGUCGACCGAAGGCAAAGGCUCAGGGAGCAAGAAACUCCGUGGCACAGGCGGAACAGCGCUCAUUCCGUUCCUCAAGCAGGCCCGCGACGAAACCGGUGAAGCAGCCAUUGGCUCGUGGGGAAAGCAUGUGCUUGACACGAGGAGGCCUGAAGUGGCCAAGGUCAUCGAGCUGCCCAAAGUCGGCGAGACGAUCGAGGGCAGAGUCGAAAUCCUGGGGUUGGCCGGGACGUGGUCGAUGGAGGAGAGUGAAGGCGGGCUGUGUCACUGGUGA